AGUUGGUAUGUAAAGUUCGUGGUUCGACUUGAUAUCGAUGAUCAUCCUCGCAGCAGCCAAUGAGCAUGGUCAUGGGCUGCACCCUUUAUAACGGUAGGGUCGGCAGAUAUUCCACCAGAUCUUAUCGACGACGACAAAGUUUUCAUGUUUCAAAUUCUCGAUGCUACUCUGAACUCCGGAAUUCUCCUCGCGUUAUUGCAUGGCAUAUACACUGGCAUUUUUGCUGUUACGUUGUGGAAUAUAUUCAUCAACAAAUGCUGGCCGAUCCGACGAGCGUUGGUUGUUGUUAUUAUUCUCCUCCAUACUCUUACUACUGUCAAUCUCGCUGUCCAAUGGUCAUUUAUAUGCUCCGCAUUCAUCGAAAACGGACAAAGUUUUUGGACUGUAUACUACAAGCUUGACAGUGUGAACCAAGCAGUCUCUUUCGAGUCGGGUAUUCCAUCCUCUAUGAGUACCAUUGUCGCAGACUCAUAUAUUAUUUGGUGCUGUUGGAUGGUUUGGGGACGGCGGUGGCUUAUUGUUCUGCUUCCAAUCCUUUCCUUAAUUUUCGCAACUGUGUCAAAAAGCAUUGAGACAUAUCAUGUGUACUCCAGUGGAUCGAGUUCAGUAUUCCUGACACUCUACUUAUCUUCCAUCCUGGCAACGACAUUAUGGUGCACGCUGCUCAUAAUCUUCCGCAUUUUGACUGUUACCGGGGUUAGACAUGGAGUAGGUGGCCAACUGAGAGUUUUUCGCCGUUUUAUCGAAGUGCUAGUGGAAUCCUCGGCUCUCUAUUCGAUAGUUCUGAUCCUAUAUUUGGCUUUCUACAUUCGUAUUGAUUUUGGAUGGUAUUACCUUGAUAAAAUAGUCGGCAUUAUGAAGGGAGUUGCACCCACCCUCCUUGUUGGCAGGGCAGUGGCAGGACACACACGCCCAACCGAAGAACAUGAUGACAGUGCGACAGUGUCGACCCUUCGUUUCCAAAUGGCUUCCCAAUCUUCUCAACCUUCGCAACCUUCCACUUCAAGCAUUCAGGAAUCCACCAUGCAGAGCGCAGUCCUUGAAGUGGACAUUGAAGCUCAACGGGAGUGGUCAGAUGAGCUCGUGGUAGUUGUUGAAAGGACGCAAUAGAGCUCAUGACGAGCGUCUGAAAGUUGGGGUGAGACUUUGGAUUCAAUUUAGCCUGUCAUUUAUUGUUCAUGCUACCCUUUUUGACUCUCGUACUCCCUACUACUUUAUUUUUCGAUCAACUAUAGGGUAUUUAAACCUCCGUAUUCUUUCCUUCCCUCAGUAGGAUCUCACAAUACUUCAGAAAGUACGUCGUCAAGUUGUCGCAAUCAUCAACGAGGACAUCGAGAAUCGUCGGAACAUAAUG